AUGACAAGACCACAAAUGGUUCGGGCUGGUAAGGCACAUCAUUCUAUGAAUUAUCAGAUAAUUACAAAGUUCUUUGCUAAUGUUGGCGCGCAAAAAGAUACCCUUGACCUUCAGGAUCACGAUGCACCUUCUGCGAAAGACCACUCUAAGCAGCCUGAACAACCAGCGCCACUGGGGGUCGGCCGGCCUGCCCCCCACCAGGAGCUUUCUAUUCGACAUGCCGACCAAGGCGCGAAAUCUGAUAUUUUGAACGGUCCCGAUAAAGACCAUGCUUACGGAGACGACGGAGUGUAUGGAGAAGACACAGAAGAGGAGGACGAGCACAACUAUGAAAAUGAGGAUGGCGAUCUGGCAGAUGGCGAAAGUGAUGACCUACUUGACGAUGAUCUGAUGGAUAAAAUAUCUAGCUCUCCCUCAAUUGAUGAUGAGGACAUCGAUUUUGAGUUUGUUUACGCGCUUCACAAUUUUGUCGCAACUGUUGAUGGACAAGCAAAUGCUGCUAAGGGUGAUACUAUGGUACUGCUUGAUGACAGCAAUAGCUAUUGGUGGCUCGUUCGUGUGGUCAAGGACGGAAGUAUUGGAUACCUCCCAGCUGAACACAUUGAAACCCCUACGGAGCGACUAGCUAGAUUGAACAAACACAGGAACGUUGACCUUUCUGCUACAAUGCUAGGUGAUAACAACGAGAAGUCUAAAAAUCCUCUGAAGAAAGCCAUGCGCCGCCGAAACGCAAAAACGGUCAAUUUUGCCCCUCCAACAUACAUUGAAGCAUCCGACGUGGAAUACUCUUCUGAUGACGACUCCGAGCAUGGUGACUUCUUCAAUGACGAUGAGACUGAAACUGUUGAAUCAGAAGAAGGCGACAGCCAGGAUCAGAAUGAAGAUAUUGUUGUGGAGCCCCUGCGGCCAAAGGGACAGAAGGAGAAGCUAGCAGAUCAGGCUGAAGGCAAGGGCUCAUUGGAACGGCAGGAUUCUGAGCGAACAAGCUUGGAGCGACGUCGAUCUAGCGAGGACUUCUUUGAUCCAGAGGAGCCUACCGUCAGUCGGUCCAGAAAUGGCACUGUACGGAAUACGGAUUCUUUCUUCAAAGACGACACUGCGGAACCAAAGAAGAUAUCUCUCACGCCCAAUCUGCUGCGCGAUGAGUCUAGCAGCAACGGUCUCGUCCAUGACUGGAAGGAGGGCCGUGGCAGUUUUGAGUCACUCGAGAAAGCAGCCGGCCCGCAAGAUAAGGUCAAGGAUGAUAAGAAGCGCAAGGAUAAGAAGCCUGGAAUGCUCAGUGGCUUGUUCAAGCGGAAAGACAAGAAGUCCAAGUCCGCUGAUGAUGACUUUGAAGAAACAAUCAUUUCUCCAACUGAGUCCUCCUUCCGAGCAUCUCCUCAGCCCAAGACAUCCUCAGAAUCAUUGGAAUCGAGAUCGACAAAACCACUGAGACUGACCACCAACAAAUUACAAAAAUCACCUCCGAAUGCUACUAUGUCUCCCAGUUCUACUGAGCAAGGGUUUGAAGCCAGCCAGUCUAUUCGACGGGUCGCAUCACAGGAGGCAACUAGUUUUGAUGAACCUCGCGGGGCUGUAUCAUCUCCCAUCAGCCAACAGAGUCCAUCCAAGGACGCGUUUGUCACGCCGAUGGAGUCUCAGGAUCCAUUCGCAUCCCCAGAGGAUCGACCGUCCAGCGAAGCUCAGAGGCGAGGAUCCUCAUCCGAUGCUCCUAUUACAACAAAACCGAAGCCUUCGGUUAUGUCACCACCCCAAAAGUUCACUCCGAUCUUCACCUCGCCCUUCCCCGAACCAGAGCCAGAGCCAGAAUAUCCUGUCAGCGUGUCCCCGGUGGAGGGUCAUAUUCCCAUUCUCGCGCCAGGACUCACUGCGGAUGAUAUCUAUCGGGUGCAGUCGCCGGUCUCUCCGCCAUCAUCGCCUGAAGCCGAAAUACACGAUCUCAAAGGCAGCGAGAACACUCCUGGUUCAGUGGACACACUUUCAGUUGACACACCAACUUGGAGCGAUGCCAGUCUACGAUCAUACUUGGAUGAAGAAAACGAUAUUCGCGACCUUUUCAUUAUUGUCCAUGACAAAUCCAACAUCCCCCCUGCUGGCGUUGACCAUCCCGUCACAGGGCGCCUAUUCAAGGAAGAGAGCAAGAGACUCAAGGAGAUGAAUAAUCAACUUGAUGAAAUGCUCGUGCAAUGGAUGUCCCAGCGUAAACGACAGUCCAGUUCGGUACGAAAUCUACAGAGCCCAAUGGCAUAG